CCAAAGUGCAGGCGCCGCGCCAAUUUGUUUAUAUUUGUUCGUUGUUCGCAUACAAAAUGUGCGACAAGAAGCCAACUGCAAACAUGUCGGCGGAUACGCGCAAUGCACUCAUUUCCGAACAUUUGCAGAAACUAAUCAAGAGCGUGGCUGGGCCCAAUAUCACUGCAAAGCAGCAGCGGAAGAUGGAGCAGAUUGCCAGGAAGCAUAUACGCCACUCCAGCUACAUGAGCACGACAAGUCACGAGGUGACGCAGGCGCGCGACGAUUUGGUGAAACGUUUCCAGGAGGAAAAUAUGGCACCCUUUGGCGAAGCCAUCAAGGAGCUGAGCACGCAACUGGUCGAAGAUCCCGUCUGGCAGGAUCACCCUCAGACAGACGUGCAGUGGUCUGUGCUUGAUUUUAUGCUCAGCAUGACCAACGCGCCUAUACAAAAUGUGCGUCGGAAUCGCCAACAGAUGGAUCAGUGCCGCCUCUCAGCACUGGCUGCCGUCAAAGCAUGCGAUAACGCCUCCAACUCAAAGGACGUUGCGUCCAACAGCCUCGAGGCGGACACCGACUGGCUGAAGCUGCUCAGCGAGGAUUUUCUGGAGUGGCAAACGCCUGCGGACAGCUCGGACUCGCAGGAGGAACAAUCCGAGGAGAGCGAUGUGCAUGAGACUAGUGGCUCUGUGGACUGUCCAGAGGAGUCGAAGACCACGCUAAAGCCAAAGGACAUGGCCCGUGUCUACGAAGACGCCAUGGAAAACGUCAAGCUGCGCGUGGAGCAAACCUACGUGCCAGAGUCUGCAAGGUCAGGCACAUCCGGCCAAUCCUUUCACAUAAAUGCGCCCGUCAAUCUCGCCCUCGUGGCUCCACUGGAGGAGAUAAGGCGCAGCAAUUUUAUACCGCUGCCGCCGCUUGAGCCGCCCAAGCUCUAUACCCAACACACGCCGUGCGUGCGCGACGAGAAGCUGCUGCCCCAGCAGAUCCACUCACAUUGGUGGCGACAGGACAUACACAUCCACACCAAGCCACCCGACAGCGAUCCACUGUCCAAUUUUGCCAUCAGCCAUGUGCAAUUUCUCAACAAGCAGUCGCUGGGCCUUGUGCAGCAUCCGCUGCCCAACACUACCACUGAGCGCUGCUUGCUGCGUGAGAUUAUCUUCAUGUUCAUUAGUCCCGUUAGCUGUUGCUUCUUUGAGGUGGACAAGCAGCGAUGCGUCAUUCGUGUGCGCCCAAAUGUGAGCAUUUGCAGUGUGACAGCGGAUGGCCUAAAAGCCGCGCUGGAAUCGGAACUGUUGCCUGCCCUGGCGGACAUGUGGCAACUGCGUCAGACCAUAGACAAGCUGACACUGCGCCACAACGGGCAGCACAUAAUCGGCACUCUGGAAUGCUUUGCCAAUGGCCUGCGCGAUCUGUUGCAACCCAUCAAGCGGUCGCUGCUUGCCUACGAGGAGCGUGUGCUCAACGAGGAGCACGUGUCGCUCAUUCAAUUUAUCCGCCACAUGCACAAACACUUUCGCAUGCUCCAGCUGCUGCGCUACUUGUCCAGCACGGCUGUCCUCCCAUCGGGGCCGCCGCAUCUAAGGUGCGCCUAUCUGCUGUCGCAGCUUUACCAGCAGACGCGCAUGCACAAGCCGCACCAGAAGCUGGCCAUUGCCCUGCUGCUGGUUUCGCUGAAUACCUACUGCAACAUCUUCGACGGCUGGUGGCGUCGCGCAAAGCUCGAGGAUCGCCAGUCCCAGUUCAUCGUGGAGCGUUGGAUGCCCCAGGGUGAGGAUGCUGCCAGCGACGAGUCGUGGGACGGCAGAGUGCUCAUACGUCAGCGGCAGCUGGGCGAGCAGGAAAGCGCUGAGAAUCGUCAGAUAUUCAAGAAACUGCAGGGAUGUCCCUUCUACCAGCUGCUCCUCGAGCAUUCACUGACGUCCAGUGAGACGCAGGAUCUGCUGGCAAGCGUCAAUCUGCUCGGCGACAUGCUGGCCACCACCAAUGAGAUACGUUCGCGCUUCUACGACGAGCUGCACGCUCAGCUCUUUGUUCAGCUGCGCGUGUACGGAGAGACAGCAGGGGACACACAGCUGGCGAACAGUCACACGGGGCAGGAGCCCUCGGAGCAGUUGGCCUUUGAGGAGCAGCUUCUAAGCAGCGUGGAGGACAUCAAGAAUACAGAUCUCCUGUCACUGCUCACCCAGUCGGUGCGGAAGAAGCAGCAGGAGCGGGAGAGGCAGCGCCAGCCACAACGACGUCCGCCGCCGGCUGGGGCGGUCGAAGUGCUGCAGCGACUCGAGCGCAUCACGCAACUGCAGCUAAAGGAUGUGCUCUCGGAGGCGCUCAAGGAGAUUCUGCUGCGUCGCCAGUCGCUGGCCAAUCAGUUUGCCGUCCAAGCCAUCAAAGUGGAGCUUGAGCUGGGCGAGAGUGUGCGCUUCCUGCGGCACGUUCUCCUGCUCGAGGCCGACCAUCUGCUGCGUCCCUACUACACGAAACUCUUUCGCGAAAUCGAGGCGGGUGCGAGCUGGGCCCAAGUGCCGCUGCUUAACAUGGAGCUGUACGAUCUGCUGUUGCCACAGUAUGGGGAUAUGGCGGGACGCGCCAUAGUUCGCAUUAUUUCCCAGAUGCAAGCCAGCUCCUCCAAGGUGUACGAGGCUGUGGAGGCCAUCGAGCUGGAGUUUGAUUUGUUCGAGCAUGUGCAGCGGAUUGUGACGCCAGCGAAUUUGCAGACCUACAACUCCGUGUGGCGCUUGAUGCUCAAGGUCAAGUGGGCCGCCUGGAAGCUGGAGAAUAUGGUUUUCAUUCGACGUCCACGACGCGACAUAUACGCGCCGUUGGAUCUGCUCGGCCUCACCGUGCGCCGCCUGGAGAUUCUACGCUUCUGGCUAAUGUAUCUGAACAACAGUCUGCACACGCACAUUAUGCAGGUGGUGAGCCAACAGUUUGAGCCGCAAAUCGACAAGUGCCGCAACAUCCGUGAGCUGAGCACGCUGCAUGAGCAAUACAUGCGCCAGUUGUCCAGCCACUGUCUGCUGAACGAUGAGGCUGCCGCCUUUCGCAUUGCCCUCGAGCAGCUCUUCCAUUUGGUAUUUGUGCUGGACAUGGAAUGGACCAGCUGCUCCAGCUACCUGGCCGAUGCGCAUCCUCUCGCGCUCGAUGUGUCCAGCGAUGGCGAUGGCGAUGGCGAUGACGAGGGCAAUGCCAAGUGUCUGCAGUACCUGGCGCUCAAUCAGGUUGUGGAAAUUGAAAUGACUUACAUACGCUGCCAUCAAACGCUGGCCGAAAUACUCAAUAAUUUGGUCUACAAGCAUGAUCAUAGCUAUCUCACCGCACUGGAGUCGGCCAUCAAUACGAGUGUGCCGCACUAAUGGUAGCAGCAUUAUCCUUCAUCAACGCAUCGAAUCUCUGUAAACAAAACUGAAACGCUCUUCCCAACUCUACAACUGUUGCCAGCUCCCUUUGGG